AUGGCGCUUAGUGUCGGUAUUGUGAUUAGAUUCAUGGGGAGACCGAAGGUGUCUCAUUUGGCAACUGUCAAGAGGAUCCUACGAUAUAUCAAAGAUUUUGUUGGCUGCAGAGUUCUCUUUCCAAGAGCGGAUAUGGGCAUAAAAUGCAAUUUGCUCGAUUUUACCGAUUCUAAUUGGUGUAGAGGUAAAGACGGUCAAAAUUCUACAGUUGGAUACAUCUUUAUGUUCGGUGCGACAAUAAUCUCAUGGUGUUCGAAGAAGGAACUGGUAGUUGCACUCUCAUCUUGUGAGACCGAUUACAUUGCCAUUUUGUUAUGUGUGUGUCAAGUUGUAUGGCUUAUGAAUCUAUUGGACGAGCUGGGAAGCAGUGAGGAUGAGGCUGUCAUACUCUUGGUUGACAACGUUUCUACGAUUAAUCUUGCUAAGAACCUAAUUUCACAAGAGAAGAGCAAACAUUAA